GCGCGGAGGGCCCGCCGGCGACCAAUAGCCGGGGUGCGACCCGCCCCGUCCGCCCAGUCACCUCCCCCUGGGGAGCCUAUAAGUCUCCCGCGGCGCCGGGGCGCCUGUUCCUCCGCGUCUCCGCCAAGGCCUGAGCUCGAUCGCCCUCCCUCCCCUCGGGCUGCCAGCGCGGGUCCGCUACCCGGCUCGGCCCGCCACCUCCCGCCUGCAGUCGCCGUCCGGGGCCGACCAGGGGGCCCCGCGCUCUCGCGAGAAGUGCGCCGCUGCAGGGCGGUGGGGUGCGGGAGCCGACGCCCGCCCUCGGUAAGCCGAAGAUGGGGAGCUGCGCGAGGAAGCGGCAGCUCUUGCUGCUGGCGCUCGUCCUGCAGCCCUGGAAUCCCUGCCUCGGUGCAGACGCGGAGAAGCCCUCCAGCAACCCCACAGAUAAAUUAUUAGUCAUAACUGUAGCAACAAAAGAAAGUGAUGGAUUCCAUCGAUUUAUGCAGUCAGCCAAAUACUUCAAUUAUACUGUGAAGGUCCUUGGACGAGGAGAAGAAUGGAAAGGUGGUGAUAGAUUUAAUAGUAUUGGAGGGGGCCAAAAAGUGAGAUUAAUGAAAGAAGUCAUGGAACAUUAUGCCAAUCAAGAGGAUUUGGUUGUUUUGUUUACUGAAUGCUUUAGUGUCAUAUUUGCUGGUGGUCCAGAAGAAGUUCUAAAAAAGUUUCAAAAGUCAAACCACAAAGUGGUCUUUGCAGCAGAUGGAAUUCUGUGGCCCGAUAAAAGACUAGCAGACAAGUAUCCCAUUGUGCACAUUGGGAAACGCUACCUGAAUUCGGGAGGAUUUAUUGGUUAUGCUCCAUAUAUUAACCGUAUAGUUCAACAAUGGAAUCUCCAGGAUAAUGAUGAUGAUCAGCUAUUUUACACAAAAGUUUACAUUGAUCCACUGAAAAGGGAAGCUAUUAACAUCACAUUGGAUCACAAAUGCAAAAUUUUCCAGACCUUAAAUGGAGCUGUAGAUGAAGUUGUUUUGAAGUUUGAAAAUGGCAAAGCCAGAGCUAAAAAUGUGUUUUAUGAAACAUUACCGGUAGCAAUUAAUGGAAAUGGACCCACCAAGAUGGAAUACACAAUACAUAACUUUGAAUGUGAAGCCAUUGCCACAUAUCAAUACUUCAGUCAUCUUUACUGUCUUAUAUUCUCACUAAUUUUUGAUUUUUUAAAUAUGUUACAGGAAGUUUAUCAUGAAAAGAAUAUCAAGGCAUUUUUUGAUAAAGCUAAACAUGAAAUCAGUACUAUAAAAAUAGUAGGACCAGAAGAAAAUAUAAGUCAAGCCGAAGCCAGAAACAUGGGAAUGGAUUUUUGCCGCCAGGAUGAAAACUGUGAUUAUUACUUUAGUGUGGAUGCCGAUGUUGUUUUGACAAAUCCAAAGACUUUAAAAAUUUUGAUUGAACAAAACAGAAAUAUUAUUGCUCCUCUUGUAACUCGUCAUGGAAAACUGUGGUCCAAUUUCUGGGGUUCAUUGAGUCCUGAUGGAUACUAUGCUCGAUCUGAAGAUUAUGUGGAUAUUGUUCAAGGGAAUAGAGUAGGUAUAUGGAAUGUCCCAUACAUGGCUAAUGUGUACUUAAUUAAAGGAAAGACACUCCGAUCAGAGAUGAAUGAAAGGAACUAUUUUGUUCGUGAUAAAUUGGAUCCUGAUAUGGCUCUUUGCCGAAAUGCUAGAGAAAUGACUUUACAAAGGGAAAAAGACUCCCCUACUCCGGAAACAAUUCAAAUGCUCAGCCCCCCAAAGGAUGUGUUUAUGUACAUUUCUAAUAGACAUGAAUUUGGAAGACUAUUAUCAACUGCUAAUUAUAAUACUUCUCAUUAUAACAAUGACCUCUGGCAGAUUUUUGAAAAUCCUGUGGACUGGAAGGAAAAAUAUAUAAACCGUGAUUAUUCAAAGAUUUUCACUGAAAAUAUAGUUGAACAGCCUUGUCCAGAUGUCUUUUGGUUUCCCAUAUUUUCUGAAAAAGCCUGUGAUGAACUGGUGGAAGAAAUGGAGCAUUAUGGCCAGUGGUCUGGGGGAAAACAUCAUGAUAGCCGUAUAUCUGGUGGUUAUGAAAAUGUCCCAACUGAUGAUAUCCACAUGAAACAAAUUGACCUGGAGAAUGUAUGGCUUCAUUUUAUCCGGGAGUUUAUUGCACCAGUCACACUGAAGGUCUUUGCAGGCUAUUAUACAAAGGGGUUUGCUCUAUUGAAUUUUGUGGUAAAAUACUCCCCUGAAAGACAGCGUUCUCUUCGCCCUCAUCACGAUGCAUCUACAUUUACCAUCAACAUUGCACUCAAUAAUGUGGGAGAAGAUUUUCAGGGAGGUGGAUGCAAAUUUCUAAGGUACAAUUGCUCCAUUGAAUCACCAAGAAAAGGCUGGAGCUUCAUGCAUCCUGGGAGACUCACGCAUUUGCAUGAAGGACUUCCUGUUAAAAAUGGAACAAGAUACAUUGCAGUGUCAUUUAUAGAUCCCUAAGUUAUUUACUUUUCAUUGAAUUGAAUUUUCUUUUGGAAUGGAUGACUGGCAUGAACAUGUCUUUGAAGUUGUGCUUGAGAAGAUGAGAGGAAUAUUUAAAUAACUUCAACAGAACAACUUCACUUUGGGCCAAACAUUUGAAAAACUCAUAAAAAAAUCGUUUGAUAUUUCUUAUUGUCUGCUCUGAGCCUUAAAACACAGAUUGAAGAAGAAAAGAAAGAAAAAAAGUAAAUGGAAGUAUUUAUUUCUAUGCCUUAUUCUCUCUGAGAACAAUGAUAAUUUUCUGAAUUUGUGUUUCAGUGGAUGAAAUAUUCAGAUAAUACCAAUAUACAAGUGACAAGUGAGACAAAUAAUGUUUUCUUAUUAAAAGCCUGGAAGAAUUUUAUUUAUCAACAUGUAGACAAAAUGGAUAUAAAUGAAAAUUAGCAAUUUUUGAAAUGUUGGAAAACGGGUUUUAAGUGAAUUUGUAUGCAACUAAUUGUUUAAGUACUUCCUGACCACCUAUGCAGGUACCUUUUAUAGUAAUUACUGAAGGGACAUAAAGAACAAUGUCACACAAUGUUUUCCCUCAAGAAACAAUAUAAAAUACAACUGAGACACAGGUCUGGUAGAAAACAUUUUUGUUUAGAUUUUUAGAUUUUGUCUUUUUUCAUUUUGCAUUAGAAAUCAAGAUAUAUGUUCCUUCAGAUGAAUUUUCCAAGAUGGAUUAUUCUAAGUAGAUGCUAGAUUUAAGAAAGCUUUCAAGCCUUCCUGUUUCUUAAAAUACAUUAAAUAUUGAUUUAAGAUUAGCAAGUGUCCUUAUGUCAAAACAGAUUUUUUUGUUUUUGUUUUUUAAUUUUAGAAAAUAAUGAGGAAAAAAACUUUCAUUGAAGUUAGUAGUAGAAUUUUUUAUUUUUUAAAAAACUUUGUUAAGUACUUGAAUUUUAUGUCAGGAAAAUAGAAUUAGUGAGCCUUUCUUCUUCCCUUUUGCCCUUUGUCUCCCUCUUUACUCUUUCUAGGGAGGGUUAUUCACUUUUUUGUCUUCCCAGCAACUUCCCACUCUUUUUUACUACCUUCUCUUUGUCUCACUUUUAAAAAUUCCCCAACACAGAAAAAAUUUGUGACUUGAUUUUUCACCAUUUCUCUGAGUGAGAUUUAAAAAUCCUCUUUGUAGCUACUAUUUUUAAUUUAAGGUUAAACUUGAAAGAAAGUUCUACAUCAUGGUGCCAAAAUUCAUUUUUCUAACACCAUGUGUUAGAAAAUUAUGAAAAAUAAAAUAAUUUAAAA